UUUUGCCCCUGCAGUUCCUUCUCCCUCAGCCAUGUUCGUCUCUAGGGUUUUUGCUCGCGUUUCGAGGGCCGUCCCCAGGAACGCAGUGACCUUCGCCGCCCAGCCGAAUCACCGAUUCCCAAUCCUUUCCAAUCAGUCGCAGCCUCUGAUUCAGGACAUGCCCAAUAAGUUAAUUCUGAGCCAGGUGUCUUUGUUGCAUCAUUCAACCCCAACUUCUUCUAUAUCUCAACUAUUUGGAUUCUCUUCAUCUGCAUCUCCGGAGCCUUCUGAAAGGGUUGGAAAUGGAGGUUCUGAGAAGAGUGAUGCUAAAGUGUCUGAAGGUGGGGAUACACAAGCGGCUGAUCAAACCAAAGAAUCAGAUUCCGACGAAGACUUGUCUACCGAGGACCUGGUGAAACUUCUUACGGAAAAGGAAGAACUUCUGAAGCAAAAGCAUAAAGAGGUGGAGAAAAUGCAAGAUAAAGUCCUACGCACUUAUGCAGAAAUGGAAAAUGUCAUGGACAGAACAAGGCGUGAAGCAGAGAAUACGAAGAAGUUUUCAAUACAGAACUUUGCAAAGAGUUUACUAGAUGUUGCAGACAAUUUAGGUAGAGCUGCUUCUGUUACCAAAACCGGUUUCACAAAACUUGAUCAGUCUGAGAAUUCUGCUGGUGCUCUACCACUUUUGAAAACUCUUCUUGAAGGAGUCGAAAUGACUGAGAAACAACUUGCUGAGGUGUUUAAAAAGUACGGUAUAGAAAAAUAUGAUCCUACAAAUGAGCCAUUUGACCCACAUAGGCAUGAUGCUGUAUUCCAAGUAUCAGAUCCUUCGAAGCCUCCUGGCACUGUUGCUCAAGUUCUCAAGCCUGGAUAUAUACUUCAUGAUCGAGUUAUUAGGCCGGCUGAGGUUGGUGUAACUCAAGCGGAAAACAAUGCAGCUGGGGAAGAUGGUGGCAAUUGAACUUUUUACUGCUAUAAUAGAAUUCACUAUGACAUUUUGGUGUUUUGAAGUACAUGACCAAAUUUUAGCAUGUGUUCAAGAAACUUGAAUGAGAUCUAAUGUUAUUCCAUGACUUCAGGUCCAACGUUAUUUCCAGUGAAAUUGUUAUUCCACAUUUUGUAUG